GCGUUGCGAUUUUGGUCGUAGCACCGGAGCUGGCAGCUAACGGGCAAAGGGAGCGGAGCCACGGAGCCAGCGCAGUCCACGCCGAGCGGCUCUCCAACACUCCCCGACUUGAGCGCUCUGCGGAGGCUUCACGGACAGCCCACAGCGGGAAGUCGCCAACCCACGGUGUCCAUCCCUUCAUCAGCUCCGCUUUGGAUGUUACCGGUUCGCAUGGAGUCCCUGCAGAAAAGAGAUCAUCCAGCUAAUGUUAGCUAGCCGCGGACUGCACCGUGAGAACGAAGGAACGGAGAAGCUUGGAGCUGCCGCCGGCCGCUGUACACAGAGAGACGUCGGUAUCGACCGUGAGAAUGGGCCUCAUAUUCGCCAAACUCUGGAGCUUCUUCUGUAACCAAGAGCACAAAGUGAUCAUCGUGGGCCUCGACAAUGCAGGGAAAACCACUAUCCUCUACCAGUUUUUGAUGAACGAGGUGGUCCACACUUCGCCCACCAUCGGAAGCAACGUGGAGGAGAUCGUGGUGAAGAACACACACUUCCUGAUGUGGGAUAUAGGAGGGCAGGAGUCUCUCCGGUCCUCCUGGAACACCUACUAUUCCAACACAGAGUUCAUCAUCCUGGUGGUGGACAGCACGGACAGAGAGCGGCUGGCCAUCUCUAAAGAGGAGCUCUACAGGAUGCUGGCUCACGAGGACCUGCGGAAAGCAGCUGUGUUGAUAUUUGCCAAUAAGCAGGAUAUGAAGGACUGCAUGUCCGCGGCCGAGAUCUCCAAAUACCUCACCCUGAGCUCCAUCAAAGACCACCCCUGGCACAUACAGUCCUGCUGCGCGCUGACAGGAGAGGGAUUGUGCCAAGGUCUCGAGUGGAUGACCUCCAGAGCUGGACUCAGAUAGCCCCGCCCCCCCGGCCUGCGAUGGCCUGUCUACCUGCACCACCCCCGCGGUGGCCCGACACGUUGGCUCAUCCUUACCUUUUUUUUUUUUUUUUUUACUUCUUUAUUUUAUUUUUUCUAAAGUCAGAUUCGGGAGCGCUGCACCGAGGCUUCAGUGGAUCUGGUGCUCGUCCCGGUCAGCAGGAGUGAAGAAGAGACCUUUAAAGCAGGCUCUCACAGCGGAGGAGAGAGAGGACUCCGCCGCCGUUGACACUACAUACAUAUCAUGUUACAUUAAUCAGAGCAGAGGAUGCCAUAAGCACCAUGUGGAAGUCCACAUACACACACCAGGUCUUUUGUUUUUUUUGUAAUUUGUCACAAAGCAGUAUUGUGGAGGCUGUUUUGGUGGGAGGAUUUGUUACACUGCACAAUGACUCAUAAAAAGUUCUCAUGAUGUGUUUUGGUUCUCAGCACAGCUAUUGAUAUAUCCGUUACAUUUCAUUUCAGCUCCAUAAGCUACACUGUCGGUGGUUGUUCUCACUUAAAAUAAUAAUACUGGUGCCACAUUGAAUCAUGGGGGAACUACAGAAGUCCUAUUUUAUUACCUGUGAGCCUGUACUUGGGCAUUAUCGUGGUGUCGAUUUGCAGCAUUAAGCAUGCUAAUUUUUUUACUUUCUGUAUCCUCAAAAUUAACUUAACCAUGCAACAUGGUUUUAAAUGCAAAUACAACACUCGGUUUUAUUAACAGUAUUUUAAAUGUAAAUGCUCUGUUUUUUAAGGAAUGCGUUGUGACUUAUUUAAUUUCGUUUUUUGCUUCGUAGGCAUGACUUUCAUCAGCGUGAGUUAGCUCCUCGCCCAGGGUCUUUGAUUUCUGCGUCAUCUCCUUAAGUCAUAUUCCACCUUUUCUACUCUUCGAACAAAGGGAUCAGAACGAGUCGCCGCCGUCGAACAGGCGACACACACUUUAACGGGAAGCCGAGUAUCCGCUCAGUCGUUCAGUAGCAUAAACGCAAACCUAACGGCCGUUACAUAGUUUUUAAUACUUGAUCCUCAGCCUUAACCGAGCUGUUCCCAGUGUCUGGAGGGCUGCCUGUGACUUUUUUUUUUUUUUACCUCCCGUUCCCAUCUCCAACCUGGUAAAAGAAUUCCUCGAACUCGCCGACAGAUCUAUGCACGUGUCACUUUGAAACCUUGUUAAACCUUCUACAAGUUCUGCAGUGGCCAAAAAAGGAGGAGGUGCAUGAGUUUCAUCGAGUCAGAGUGGAGAAAGAACGGAACCAUUGGGGUCUGGGGGAGUGGGGGGGGGGGCGGGGGGUGUUGCCUCUGGGGUAUUUUGUGAGGAAGGUCCUUUUCACACCAGCCGUGCGGCCCCCAGACCGUUCACAGCGUUUACCUUGAGCUCACAGAGCGAGGAAACUGAUCAUACUGUGCGGUGACGUUUAGUCCGGGUCAUGUACUGUAUUUCAGCUCCAUUUCCAAUAAAAGUUUGUUUUUGAACUUU